AUGGCCACUGCAGCGGAGGACCCCCACCUGGGCUCAGGCCCUGAUGAGGAUGACGUGUCUCUGUCGGGGAGCGAGUCCGAUUCAGACAGCAUCCUGUCGGAUGACUCGGUGCUUCCAGAUCACAUGCCGGGGAUAACAAACGGAAAUACGGCAACAACGCUGUAUCAAGCAUGCGCCCGUAAUGAACUUGUCUCUCUUCGGAAAGUUCUGGAGAGAGGGGUCACAAAAGAGGAGGUCAUGGAGCUGGACAUCAAUGGCUGGAAUGGCUUGAUGGUGGCUUGCUGCAAAGGUUUCCUAGACAUUGUGUAUGGGCUUCACAACUGUCCCUUCAUAGACAUAAAUCACCAGGACAAUGAAGGCAACACUGCUCUGAUGAUUGCAUCCCAAGCAGGUCACGUCAGCACAGUCAUGUACCUCCUAAACUACUUUCCUGGUAUAGAAACAGAGAUAAAGGAUUGUCGAGGUUUCACAGCCCUCAUCAAAGCAGCUAUGACCGGCCGCAGUGACGUCGUGGCUACACUUGUUAUGGCUGGGGCUGACUUACAUGCAAUAGACUCCUCAAGAGGAAAAUGUGCUCGGGAAUGGGCACUGAAAACAGGCCGCUAUGAGACCCUGCAGCGUCUCCGCCGCCUUAAUCUGCGGCCAAAAGCUGAGCAGUUCUGUGAGAGUUAUGUCCCUGAGUGGCCUGAGCUCAACGAGAGGGUAGCCAAGGCCUUGGCACAGAAAUCUGCUCGGGAAAAAAUUACCCAGCGGAUCAAAAACACGUUCGGAUUCAGAUUUCCUCGGGACCCAGAAGACAAUGGGUGCUUAGAUCACAUGGUGCGCAUGACCACCAGCAUCCACAGCCCCCUAAUUUCAACAGGAUGCCGUCCACUCUGCCCUACGAGCCCUCCUGAGGUGGGGAAGAGGCGCCUGGCUGUGCCAGAGCUGGUGAAGAGACACCCAGACAAGGAGUUAGAAGAGAGCUCAGUGUGCCACAGCAACGGCUCAGUAUCACACAUCAUUCCCACAAUCCAGUCCACAGAGUCCAUCGGUACAACCUGCUGUGCCGAGACUGAGCGGCGAGGCAGCAUGCUCUCACUGGCUUCCACCAAAGUUGCUUCCACAUUUCUUCCUCGCAGUAUGGCGAGAAGGAACAGCGUGUUCCCCUCUGGCUGCAUCCCCAAGAUCAACAUCAGCAGGCCUACAGAGUCUACGCCGAAGAAAGAGAAGAAGAAGAAGAAGAAGAAGGAAAAUGGCUUCCUGGAACCACCCAAGUGGAAGUACAAGGAGAUCAGGGAGGAGAAGAAGAAGGAGAAGAAGAAAGCUGAGCAAGAAAAGACAGCGAAGGAGAAAAAGGAGAAAAGAAAAGAAAAAGAGAACAAGAAGGCCAAAACCUAA